GCAAAAUUCUUUUGUCGCAACUGCAAACUAGGGGUUUCGUUGCAAUUAUUCUCUCUAUAAGUACGCAUUGAUAAUUUUCAUCUUUCAGUUCGUGUGCUAAUAGAAUUCUGAUUUCUUCUAUUCCGCAAUUUUGAUCGUGAAGUUACGGUUUUCUGAAUCGUUCCCUGUUCAAUUCGUGAAAAGGGGUCUUUUGUUUGGGUUUGUUUUGGGGAAUUUGUGGAGUUUUGGGCAAUUCGACUGCGAAAACCAUGCCUCCGAGGACGGUGAAGAGAGGUGCGGCGGCGGGAGCCAAGAGGACGACCAGAGUCACAAGGGGGACGAACAAGGCCCAGAACCAGGUCCAGCAUGAGGCUCCUGACGAGUCGGCGAGGGCCGAAGUCGAGGAUGCGGUGCCGAUGAUGGAAACUAAAGAGGAUCUCAAUGUUGAAGAGAUUAAGGAGAAGCCAAUUGAGGCGUACAACCCGGUGGUUGUCGUGGAGAAAUCAGUUGUUGAUGAAAAAGCUUCCAUUAUUGAUCAGCCAGGGCCUUCAGAGAUGGAAGUCCAAGCGAAUGCAGAGCAGAACGGAUUAAAAAAACAAGAUAAGGUUAGGGAGUCUAUAGAUGAUUAUGAAAAAGAUGAACGAUUAGAGCUGGAGGAUAAUGAAGCUGAGUAUGAACCUGAAGAAGAUGGUGGGAUUGAUUAUGAUGAGAAGGAAAUGGAGCAAGGGGAUGUCCAGGAGGUUGGGGAUGAAGGAGAUGAAGAACCCGAGGAGAUUGUAGGUGAAGAAGAAGGUGACAUGGCCGAGGAGGAGUUGGAAGAUGUUCACGAAGAACUCGAGGGUGAAGAGUAUGAGGAGCAUGAGCAUGCAGAGAUGGUUGACAAGGAAGAGGAGCACCAUGAACUUGUAAAGGAGAGACAGAAGCGCAAGGAGUUUGAAGUAUUUGUUGGUGGUCUAGACAAGGAUGCAAGUGUGGCUGAUCUUAGGAAAGCUUUUGCUGGUGUUGGUGAAGUUACUGAGGUCAGGCUGAUGAUGAACCCUCAGACUAAGAAGAACAAGGGAUUUGCAUUCUUGCAUUUUGCAACUGUGGAACAAGCAAGACGAGCAGUUGCAGAGCUUAAACAUCUUCUGAUUAAUGGAAAACAGUGUGGUGUUACUCCAAGUCAAGACAGUGAUACUCUUUUUCUGGGUAACAUAUGCAAGACAUGGACAAAGAAUGCUUUGAGAGAGAAGUUGAAACAUUAUGGAGUACAUAAUGUUGAGGAUUUGACAGUGGUCAAAGAUACUAACAAUGAGGGAAUGAAUCGGGGCUUUGCUUUUUUGGAGUUUUCAUCUCGUUCAGAUGCCAUGGAUGCUUUUAAGCGACUUCAGAAAAGAGAUAUCGUGUUUGGAGUUGAUAGGCCUGCAAAAGUUUCUUUUGCAGAUUCCUUCAUUGAUCCUGGUGAUGAAAUCACGGCACAGGUGAAAACUGUGUUUGUGGAUGGCCUACCUGCUUCAUGGGAUGAGGAUCAUGUCCGAGAUCUUGUUAAGGAAUAUGGGGAUGUUGAAAAGAUUGAGCUGGCGCGUAACAUGCCCUCUGCUAAGAGGAAAGAUUUUGGUUUUGUUACAUUUGACACUCAUGAGGCUGCAGUUACAUGUGCUAAAAGCAUUAACAAUGCAGAGCUAGGUGAAGGAGACAGCAAGGCGAAAGUCAGGGCGAGGUUAUCAAGACCGCUUCAGAGGGGUAAAGGAAGACAUGUUGGACGCGGAGAUUAUCGAUCUUCAAGGGGGGUUGGACGAGUUGUUAGGGGUUCAUGGGGUCACCCAGCAUCGCGUGGGUUAAGGGGAGUUGGAAGUCGAAUUACACCAGCCAGUGUAAAGAGGCCUGUUGAGCUAAGAGAUAGACGCCCUAUGAUGUCAUCUUAUCCACCAAGAGGCAGGCCUUUGCCUCCUCCAGUUAGGUCCUAUGACAGGAGACCACCUGUUCCAGCUUACCCAAAGAGUAGCUUCAAGAGGGAAUAUAGUAGGCGCGAGGACCUUCCUCCAAGGAGUAGAGCAGCCUCUGAUUAUGGAUCAAGGGCUGUUCAAGAAAGACGCCAAUCGUACAGAGAUGACUACACUCUGCGUGGUCCUGCCUACUCUGAUCCACCGAGAAGUACCUCUCAUACAGCAGGAAGGAGAGCUUAUGUUGAUGAAGGUUAUGGACAGCGAUAUGAAAGGCAUCCUCCCCCUCCUCCUCCAAGUUACCGUGAAGGGCGUGCACGUGAAUAUGACUCUAUUUCUGGUUCAAAACGUCCUUACGCUGCACUGGAUGAUGUUCCUCCCCGUUAUGCUGAUGUGCCCAUCUGCCAAUCCAGGGCACGGUUAGACUAUGAGUAUGGAAGUGGUUCAUCUCAAUAUGGGGAUGGCUAUAGUGACAGACUUGGGAGAUCUAGUAUGGGAUAUGGAAGCAGCAGAACAAGUCAGCAUUCUCAUGGACUAUACAGCAGUCGUCAGGGCAUGGACUAUGGAGGAGAUUCUUAUGGUGGCCAUGAUGGUGGUGGAAUGUACUCUUCAAGAGAUGGUGGUGAUUUUAUAUCUCGUGGCAGUGAUGUUGGAGGUAGCUCUUACUCAUCAAUGUACUCUGGCCGUGGUGUGGGUGGAAGCAGUUAUAUGGGUUCAGGCGGUUCUGGCUCAUACUACUGAGGUAAUUUGGAUUUAUUUAUUUAUUUUUAUUUUUAUGUUUUAUAAAGUGUGAUGUGUGCAUAAUUAUGAAAGCGAUGCGCAUGAGUCAUUAUUACUAUUUUCCCACUGGAGAUAUAUUUUCUUCCGAAGGCACAUCAUCUCUUCUUUUGCUCUAAGAGUUCAUUGGUGAAAACAGAGCAAUAUAUGGUUACAAGUGAAUUUGUCUAUGGAACAGAUCUGACAUGACGAAGAGGAUGCUGUAGAAUGUGGACUGUAUGAAGCUUUUCCAUUACGUUGCUUAGAGUUAUGGACAGACAGAAUUUCCCUAAGAACCUUAUGUGUGUGAGAGGAUCCUUCAUUGCAUACAAUAAGGUUGUAGUGGUUCAAGCCCUCUUAGAUUUCCAGAGAUCAGUUAAAUGUGCCAGGCUGUAGAUAUUUUGCUGCAAGGAAACUCAAGUUAUUCAAAGAUGAGACAUUCAAGUGCUUAGUUUAUGACGUGCCUUCCACUUUAUCUUCUAGAAGAACUGCACCUGACGGAAAAUUUGGAGUCCUGGUGCAUACUUCCUUUGUUCUUAUGAAUAGAUAAGAUUAUAACGAGAGAAUGAGGAUUUUCUUAAUGUGAUUAUAAGGUAUUUUGGAUAUUUUUUAUGCUGAAUCAUUUGGAAAGGUUUGAAUAAUAAAAGCAUUAUGGCCAUUUAGAUCA